AUGUGUCGUGUGGGUGUAGGUUAUGACCGUGAGCCGCUUCAGGCGCUGAUACAGUUCAGACAGCAGCACAGGAAGACCAUCGACGGUCAGAAAAAUGAGCAAACGAGACACACAUCACUCCAUCCAUCCAUCCAUCUGUGUGUGAUGCGCUUACUUGUGCAGGUCGUUUGUGCGCCGCGACGUUUGUCCGGUCGGGUCAGAUUUUCACUGACUGCACGACGACGGCCACGCCCGAGUGGAACACAGGCAGAGAGUGGUGCUAUGUCGAGGCCCAAGUCCAGCAGCCUGGCCAGCAGCCAUGGUGAGUGAGCAUCCCAUCCAUCACAGCCACACCACACGCAUCAAAUCAGUGUGUGUGUCUCUGAUAAAUGAAUGUUUCAGGGCGUAUUGCGCGCCUCGCAUUGACUAUGACGCCGUCCGGUCGUUUGUGCGCGACGCCCUGACCACCAAGGCCGACCUCGCCCGCACACAGAUCAACAAACUCACCGACGAGACAGCAGGACUCCAGGUGCGCUGCGCUGUGACAUCACAUCCAGCACACACACGUAACUAACGAAACGACACACCCAUGUCUGUCUGUCUGUCUGUCUCCGUCAGGGUGAGUUGGACCGCUACGCCAGUCUGUGUGGUGCGUCCCACGAUGCGCUGCUGGGCCGCGUCGACCGGCUCGAGGGCGUCAUCGGCAAGAGCCGCCACUGCCUCAACGACAUCAGCCAGGCCGCCGCCAAGAUCGAUCCACUCGCCGAGGCCAUCGAGAGAGCCAAGGCGGACAUCGCUCGCAACGAGGAGACGCUUCUCAUGCAGCCAGACAACUGCGAAGGACUACCGGGCUAUGAAGGCAACACCACACACACACAAAUCAUCAGAUGGAUCGGUGAGUGAGUGUCUGUUUGUUGUGUGUCCCUUACCCACACACAGAGGACGGAUUGCCCGACGGCCUUCGCGCGGCCUACUAAAAUGGAGCGGCCUUCGACGGGCCGGCGGUCUACCGGGACGACCCCAACAUCGACUUCCAGUGGUUCGCCACACCGCCCGUCGAUGGCGUGGCCGCCGAGCACUUCUCUGUCAGAUGGGAUGGAUACGUCAAGGCGCCGCACACAGGCAACCAUCCACACAUCCACACACACAGAGGGGAGAGAGGGGAGAGAGGGGGGACGACACCACAUUCUGUCUGUCUGUCUGUCUGUGUGUGUUUUUAGGUUUCUACACGUUCUCUGUUCGUGCUGACUGCGGGGCGAGACUGUUUCUGAACGAGAAUGCCGUCUUGGUGGACCGCAUGCCCUCGCCGGAGAGCCGCGAGGAGGCCACGAGCGACGAGCCCAUCGACAUCCUCGCCGACCACCCCAUGGACGGCCCGCAGCUCACACGCACACCCUCAUCUCAGCACCUCGUCGGCGGCAAGAAGUACAAAAUCCGACUGGAGGCCUUCCACACACACCACCUACUGAGUGAGUGGGCUCUCCAGUGAUAAUGCGUCGGCGUGUGGCUGAGUGUGUGUCGUGUGUGCUGCUUCAGCUGAGCACACGGAGGAUUCGGUGGUCCGGCUGUGGUGGCAGAGCGAGACCGUCCCCGAGAGCAUCAUCCCGCCCUCCGCACUCUUCAAAUCAGACGCACAAACGGCACUCAAAAUCUCGGGGUGACCAAAGUGGAUGGAUGGAUGGACAACACACACACACACACACACAGCCACGGCGAAUGCUCUCUCUCUUAUGUGUGUGUGUGUGUAGUAUCGACUCGCGUCGGUUCGAGAUGACGUCUCUGCAGAACGGGGUCUCCGCCUUCGUGGGCGAGGCCUCGUUUGUCAUUUCCGACCUGCCCGACUCGCUCGUCCACAAGCGGAUGAUGCGCACCAGCAGACUGCCGGACCCGAGUGCCUUCAACGUCAGCGUGUCGACGGCCGCCCGCAUCUAUGUCGCCUUCCCCGCAGACAGACAGCUCCCACUCAAACCGUGCUCAACCAAACCGGUAAGUAUGUCAGACACACACACACACAGACAGCCAACAGGUGAGCAAGUGUCUGUGUGUGUGUGGCAAUGUCAGUUGGUCCGCGUGCAUCGUCACCCCGACCUGUUGACGGUCCUCAAGACACAGCCCGGCGCAAAGCGGUGAGUGAGUUGAGGUGCGGCACAUACAUAUCAUAUGAUGUAGACGAGUGUUUGUGUCGGUGUCAUGCAGGGCGUCGUCAUCGGCUCUGUACGGUGUGUAUUACUUUGGUGUGGUCGAGGGCGGCACUGUCUGCCUCAAACCGAUCACCGACCAGCAGACGAAGGACAACCCCACGCCCUUCUUCAUCGCAUUCGGUGCGAGAAAUGACUGACGGCCAACACACGACACACAAACAUAUAUCUGUGUGUCUGUGUGUGUGUGUGCAGAGCAGGGUGUGAGUGAGAAGGAGAAGCUCUGCGGCGGACCGACCGAAGUCCUCUCGCUACCGACAUGUCAGUACACCACAACACACACACACACACUCUCUCUCUCUCUGCCACAUCGCUCUCUGUCUCUGUGUGUGUGUCGAUCAGCCACUGCCUUUGCGAGCGCCUCGGCAUCCAGCGAGGUAUACACACACACGACACACACACACGACACACAGACCAUCACACAGACCAUCCAUCCAUCAAUGUGUGUGUGUGCCUGUCCAUGUCAGUUAUCUCCUGAGUUCGGUGCCCUCUCGGGUGUGUCUGGUGUCCACGAGGACGCGGCCUUUGGCGUCUGGCGCACCGCCGGGAAGGAGACCACUCACCCGUGGCUGUCGGUGCGCUUUAAGAGGCCCGUCACUGCCACAGCCAUCCGAUACACACCCACCAGCGGCCCACAGCAGCCGCACAAACUCAUCGUCGACUACCCAGGCCUCACCGACGUGCCGCCAGAGGUGCUGGCCGUCCCAUCAGCCGCCCACCCGACCACAACAACCGAGCUGCCCCUCGUCCACCCGGUGGUGUCGGCGGCCGUGAACAUCAGCCUCGUGUUGGACGCCCCGCAGACCAUCACGGGCGGCUCAUUCGACGUGCUCGGCACACAGUGCGUCGAGGAGGACGAGACCCACGAGGUCGUCAGGGUGUCGGCCAGGGAACCCGACAAGAAACCGACAACGGUAAGUGACCCCCACACACACAGAGAGAGUAUUGAUGAAUGUGUGUGUGGUGGUGUGGUGGUGUGUUUGUGUCAGUCUGUGUACAACGUGUCGGUGUCAUUCCAAUCGGCGAGCGUCGUCCCGCCGCGCUCAUACAAAAUGGACAACGGCGCCAAAGUGAGCGAAAGAGCCACACACAAUGACCAUCCACACACAUGGAUGGAUGGAUGGAUGUGUGUGUGUUAAUAGGCCUCGGUGGGUGCUGAGUAUGGGUGGGCUGAGCCGGCAGAGGACCGACUCGUCCAGUGCGGCGACAGCAUGACGAUGACGCGGCUGCCGCCGGGCAUUGCCUUCCCGCCCUCACCCGACAGUGUGCUGUGCUUCACGGGCCAAGAGGACUGCAACCCCAACUCGUGGCACGCCAACCUCACACACAAUGGUACGCACACACAGAACGACACACACGUUGAUCAAUGCAUCGAUCAAUCGUUGUGUGGCCCGCAACACGUGCAGGUGUGUAUGAGGUGGCCGUGCAGAUCGGCACACUCUGCAAGACAGACGACCGUCAGCCAGCCAGCCAGCCAGCCAGUCACCUCACGACACACGAGUCCACGUGUGUGUGUGUGUGUGCAGGGGAGCGUCAGUACGAUCUGCAGGUCAACGGCAAGCCGCUCGCCAGACACAUAAUCCUCAAGCCUGGCACCACCAAAUGGGUCAGCCAGCAAAGCAAGGAAUGCACCGCACACACACGUCAGCCAUUUGUGUGUGUGUGCAGCUAUCGACUCGUGUCGAGGUGCGUGACCACAAGUUGGUCCUGACGGCCGACUGCAUCGCCGCGGCGGGCGAGACGCCGGCAGAGGCCUGCAGACUCAGCCACACAACCAUACAAAAGGUAACCAAUCAGUGGACGGACGGACGGACGGAUGGAUGACACCACAUGAGUGUGUGAGUGUCUGUCUGUGUGUGCAAACAGGUCAAGGCGCGGUUGGUGUCGGAGGAAGAGGGACGGCACCAAGAGAGCACUAUGGCAGCUGUCGUCGCGUGAAUGAAUAAAUGGAUGGAUGAGUG